AUGAUUGCUGAGUAUUGGAUCACAGAAAUAGAAAAGGUUUUCACAUACAUGAGAUGCCCUGAAGAGGAGAAGGUUGAUUAUGCAGUAUACAUGUUAAAAGAAUGUGCUUACGGGUGGUGGCAAAUACAGUAUUUUCCUUCAACUGUUCGCAAACAAAAAGAACAAGAGUUUCGAAAAUUGGAGCAAUGUGACAAGACAGUAGCUGAAUAUGAAGAAGAGUUUACUUAUUUAUCAAAAUUUGCUACUCACUUGUUGGGUAAAGAGGAGGAUAGAGCUCGUCGCUUUAAAGAAGGGCUUCGACCGGAUAUCCGGAAGGUGGUCAGUGCAUUUGAACUUCCUACAUAUGGAGAAGUAUUACAGAAGGCCUUGUUAAUUAAGAAAAAUGAAAUUGAUACAAAACCAAAGAAUGAGACGAGCAGCUCCUACCCAAAGAAGCGGUUCUGA